GGUCGGCUAUAUCUCUGAUAAAAAUCUCUAUCCAAUACAAACACGUCUAUAGUCUCACAUUCUCUCCUCUUUCCUUUUCUCCAUUUCAUUUCUCUCUCUAUUGUUGAAAACCCAACACAGCUUCCAUUUAACUACCUUGUUUUGGUUUUUGUUCAUUUAUUUUAAAUUUAUCUUUUUUUGUUAAAUCUAUUUUUUUGUUGUGAAGCUCAUAAAGGAACCCCCAAAUUCACCGGAUUUUUACUUUUCUACAACUUCUCCGGUCACCGGAUUGUUAUCCGUUUAAGGUCUUUGGGUUUCUGCAAUUGGACUUUUUGUGGUUGAAUUCUUGAUGCGUGAUGGUCUCAAGAUCAUAUGUGAAUUUCUUAGACUUGGCCUCUGGAAACCUGCUGGAUAUUCCUCCAACUCCAAGAUCUAUUCCUAGAGUCAUGACUGUACCAGGAAUUAUCUCUGAUUUGGAUGGUUAUUGCAGUAAUGAUGGGGAUUCAGAGGUCAGCUCAUCUAUUUGUCGUGAGCGGGAAAUUAUAGUGGCAAAUAUGUUACCAUUGCAUGCUAAAAAGGAUACAGAAACCAACAAAUGGUGCUUCAGUCGGGAUGAAGAUUCACUUUUGUUACAACUGAAGGAUGGCUUUUCUCCUGAAACUGAGGUCAUUUAUGUGGGAUCUCUUAAGGCUGAUAUAGAUGUCAAUGAGCAGGAAGAGAUUUCCCAGAAAUUGCUGGAGGAUUUCAACUGUGUUCCUACAUUUUUACCCCAAGACCUGCAGAAGAAGUUCUAUCUUGGGUUCUGUAAACAGCAGUUAUGGCCUAUUUUUCACUAUAUGCUACCAAUGUGCCCAGACCAUGGUGAUCGCUUUGACCGCAUCAUUUGGCAGGCCUAUGUUUCUGCAAACAAAAUUUUUGCCGACAAGGUCAUGGAGAUAAUCAGUCCAGAGGAGGAUUAUGUUUGGGUUCAUGACUAUCACUUAAUGCUUCUGCCAACCUUUCUGAGGAAGAGCUAUAAUCGUGUCAAGCUUGGUUUUUUUCUCCACAGUCCAUUUCCUUCGUCAGAAAUAUAUCGAACUUUACCAGUUCGGGAUGAGAUUCUGAGGGGACUUCUGAACUGUGAUCUAAUUGGCUUUCAAACAUUUGAUUAUGCAAGGCACUUCCUCUCAUGCUGCAGCAGAAUGCUGGGCUUGGACUAUGAAUCUAAGAGGGGGCACAUUGGACUUGAUUACUUUGGCCGUACGGUAUACAUUAAGAUUUUACCUGUAGGUAUACACAUGGGCCGACUUGAAUCAGUAAUGAAUCUUCCCUCUACAUCUGCUAAAGUCAAAGAAAUUCAAGAAAAAUUCAGUGGCAGGAAAGUGAUUCUUGGUAUUGAUGACAUGGAUAUAUUUAAAGGCAUCAGUCUGAAAUUAUUAGCAAUGGAACAACUCUUGGAGCAAAAUCCAAACUUGCGGGGACAAGUGGUUCUGGUACAGAUUGUGAAUCCUGCAAGAGGGUCAGGUAAAGAUGUUGAAGAAGCAAAGAGGGAGACAUAUCUUACUGCCAAAAGGAUUAAUGAGGUCUAUGGUUCACCUGAAUAUGAGCCAGUUAUUCUGAUUGAUCGUCCUGUUCCUCGAUAUGAGAAGACUGCCUAUUAUGCUCUGGCAGAAUGUUGCAUAGUGAACGCUGUGAGAGAUGGUAUGAAUUUGGUACCUUACAAAUAUAUUGUUUGCAGGCAGGGAACUCCAUAUAUGGACAAAGCUAUGGGCAUAAAAUCAGAUUCUCCUCGAACAAGCAUGAUUGUUGUGUCCGAGUUUGUUGGCUGCUCACCUUCUUUAAGUGGAGCAAUUAGGGUAAACCCAUGGGAUAUUGAUGCUGUAGCUGAUGCCUUAAGUUUGGCCAUUACCAUGCGUGAAUCUGAGAAGCAGUUGCGCCAUGAGAAGCAUUAUCGUUAUGUCAGUACUCAUGAUGUGGCUUAUUGGGCACGCAGCUUUAUGCAGGAUUUAGAGCGAGCAUGCCGAGAUCAUUAUAAUAAAAGGUGUUGGGGUAUUGGUUUUGGCCUGGGAUUUAGAGUUGUCUCUCUCUCUCCUAGCUUCAGGAGAUUGGGAAUUGAUCACAUUGUCUCAGCAUAUAAAAGGACUAGCAGAAGAGCAAUAUUUCUGGAUUAUGAUGGUACUGUAAUUCCACAAACUUCUAUUGUUAAAAGUCCUAGCCCCGAAGUCAUCUCUGUUCUGAAAACUCUGUCCGAUGAUCCCAAUAACACGGUGUUUAUUGUUAGUGGGAGAGGGAGAGACUCGUUGAGUGAAUGGCUCGACCCCUGUGAGAGAUUGGGAAUAGCAGCUGAACAUGGAUACUUUAUAAGGUGGAAUAAGAUCUCUGAAUGGGAAACCACGCCUGUUGGUGAUGAUCUUGAUUGGAAAAACAUUGUGGAACCUGUAAUGAGACUCUAUACAGAAGCAACUGAUGGCUCCAGUAUAGAGGUUAAGGAUAGUGCUUUGGUGUGGCACCAUCAAGAUGCAGACCCUGAUUUUGGAUCCUGCCAAGCUAAAGAAUUGUUAGAUCAUCUUGAAAAUGUCCUCGCAAAUGAACCAGCUGUUGUUAAGAGGGGCCAGCAUAUUGUCGAAGUUAAGCCACAGGGAAUAAGUAAAGGACUUGUUGCGGAAAAGGUUCUUCUCAAUAUGGUUAAUAGUGGGAACUCACCUGAUUUUGUGUUGUGUAUUGGUGAUGAUAAAUCUGAUGAGGACAUGUUUCAGAGUAUAUUAAGCACAGUUUCCGAUCCAACUUUGCCGGCGGCUCCUGAGAUCUUUGCCUGCACUGUUGGAAGGAAGCCAAGCAAGGCCAAAUAUUAUCUUGAUGAUGCUGCUGAUGUCGUGAAAUUGCUUCAAGGCCUUGCAACUUCUUCAUGCCCAAAACCCAAGCAUAUUGAAGGCGGCCUGGUUGCUUUUGAGAGUGUUAUUUGAGUGGGACCAGGCUGGCACAUACUGCAUGCUUGGACUGUCAAUUUUUUGGUUUUCCUUCUGCGUGAAGGAGCCAAGCUGGUCCUAUUUGGUUUUGGCAUCUGUCAAAAUGCAGACGGCUUUGGCAGAUAGAGUUAUAUUUAUGGAGGCAGAGCCCUUGACAAUUCUUAUUGCUGUAUAGGGUGAGAUAGGUCUUGAGUUCAUUGGUGCCAUUAGGAGUUCAUAGAGACCUCUUUUUUCUUUUUUUUUUUUUCUCCCUUUUCUUUUUCCUUCUUUCCGGAUUUAGGAGGCACCGUUAACUUGUAUAGCUACACUGAUACUAUCACAUUACGCAUGUCAGAUUUAUCUGGAAAUACUGUAUCAAAACACAGCUUGAAUGAUUCCUGAUGUAAUUGAUUUAUAUAUCGGAGUUUAGUGGCACCAAUAUUGGCAUGCUGCUUUGUAAAUAAUUUUUUAAGCCUUCUACGAGCAUUUUGUUUUGAUUGUGAUCUCAA